GCGUGCUACAGAGCGAUCCCCGCCGGAAAAAUAGGCAGCUCAGCUUCUCAACUCCACGCUGCAGAGGUUCCAAGGGUUGAUCGCUAAAUUGGAACCUUGAUCCCUGAUACAUAAAAGGCUGAACAGGGCGGGUAAAACUUAGACGACACUUGUCGACACCAACAUCCUACAUCUUACUAAAAAGACGCUCUAUCUAAUCUUUGCGCACUGGCCUUUGAUGGGAAAUAUGGCCACCAUUACCAAGCUGCCUGCGGAGCUUGUUUACCAGAUUCUCAACAGCUUCGAGGACCACAAAACGACUCUUUGCCGACUUUCUCUCGUGUCGUCCUUCUUCGUAUCGGUGGCUCAGCAGCUUCUUUUGAGGCACUUAGUCCUAUCAGUUGAUAUAUCGCUGAAUGGCAUCAAGACUCCUUUCGACAAGAUCAUAAAAAAAUUCGACAAGACCCCGCAUCUUUCAGCGCACGUUCUGACCUUGGUGCUCUCUUCUCGACACCAAUGUAAUGAAUCCCUUGAUUCUAUCAAGCGAGCACUCGACCUUCUCAAUCGUGUCACCUCGCUACAAUCCCUCGAUCUGAAAAACACACUCAUGCUGCCUCGAUGGGACAUAAGCCCACCGAGCUCCGGCUCCUUCCUCGAAACAAACCGUCUCACUCGACUCACGAAGCUCAAGCUGAGAAGUCCAUGGAUCUCUUGGAGCAGCCUGGUUACACUCCUAUAUCUCCCAAACCUAGAACACUUAUCCCUGGAUUAUUUUCCAGACGACUUUGCAUCCCCCGCCUAUGAGAACAUUCAAGGCAGGAUCUGUGCACUCCGGUCUCUCGAGCUAGGAAUCUGGCACGCACAACGUGGGCUUCCUCUGAAGAGAUUGCUCGAGAUGACCACCAGACUGGAAGAAUUCAUGCUAAGAAUGGGCCCAGAGACAUCCUCUGGCAGGCAUUCCUAUAAUUCUUCAGAGAUCAGUCAAGCUAUGGUACCCAUACACGACACACUGAGGGUUCUUAGCAUCAGUGGGGCUGAUAGUUAUGAUGCGCAGCCCGUAUCUCCUCUCAAUUUGAGCGGUUUCAGAGUGUUAGAGAAGGUGGAAGUUUUAUCAAGUUUAUAUUUUGCAUCGUGUGAUGCGGAGAGAUGGCGAGUGGGGCAGUAUAAACUUCUGCCACGUUCGUUGGUCGAUCUGCAGAUCAACUUUGUUGAAAAGGCUCGAAUCAUUACAACAAUGGAUCCAACACCAUCCGUGCUUGAGCAUUGGCAAGUAAACUGGCUAUCAGAAUUGGCUGUCAAUAAAAACACUCACUAUCCGAAGUUCCGCUCUUUGAUUCUUCGAGAGUCGCAUAGUCAGGGGUUGGGUCGCUCGCAUGACCCCUUCGACAAAACAAAAUGCCACCAGGUGGAAUUGCCGGAGGGUGUGAAGCUGGAAUUUGAGACGAACUCUAUCUCGUUUCAGGGCUGGGCUCGCAGGUAGUUAUGAGCAUGAUGAUUGUGUUUGGAGGUGUUCUCGGGGGGG